AUGGCCUCACAACUGCCCGACUACCGCGAGGACGCAUCAAAGCAAGCCCGAACCGCAGAAAGGGGACAGCAUCCAGGCGCCAUGGACGAGGACGAGGUGCCGACGGCCAGCCACGCCCUGGCCGACGAGAGCAUCGAGGCAGAGCCCCAAGCCCAGGGCGCCAGCCAGGUCGAGCACGCCGCCCCCGAAGUCCGAGACCUGGGCUGGAACAAGCAGCCGCAGGACGUGCCGCAGCCCGUGGUGGGCGGGCUGGCCAACGACGAUCUCUGGACCUUGAUCCGGCGCUUCGACAAGCAGAUCGUCCAUGUCAAGAGCAUCGACGAGCCGCCCCUGGCCAACCUCGACAUGAACAUUGCCGACGACGAGGACUUUUCGCCAGAGAAGCUGCGCGCCCAGCUGGAGCGCAUGUACAUGACCGUCGGCGUCUCCCUCGUUUCCUUCUGGAAGCACAUUGCCCGGCUGAGAUCAUGGCGCGAACGUCGUCGGACGAGCGCAUUCCUGGCCGUCUACGCGGUCGCCUGGCUGUCGGACCUGCUCGUCCCGACCGUUGUGGUUUUCCUCAUGACUCUGAUUCUGUAUCCUCGUGCCCGCAUCGUUUGUUUUCCGCCUGUGCCGCCCGCCUUGAUCGACUCCAGGACGGGGGGGCUCCAGAAACCGCGAGCCGGCGUCCUCGCCUCCCAGGACACAGUGACCGGCGCCGCCGAGAAGCACAAGGGCGAAGGCGUUGAGAAGGAGGCGCGCAACUUUGUCAAUAGUCUAUCAACUCUCGCCAUCAGCGCAAGUGCAGGAAAAGAUCCACAAAGCGAUCCUCACAAUGACAAGAGCAUCCCGGAUCCAACGCAGCUGGCCGGUGACAUGUCAGACGCAAAGGACAAGACGGCCGAGGGAGAGACCAGCGUGACCCAUGACAGGACGAGGGAGCCGUUAUCCCGGUCUGUGUGGAACAAGGCGCGGCCGACAAUGCAUAUGCUCGCCGACGUCGUCGACACUUGGGAGCGUUUCGGCAACGCCCUGAGCCCGACGCCGCCGUUCCCCCGUCGGCGACAUGGGCUGGUCCUGGCGGGCUGUCUCGUGCCCGUGCUGCUCGGGUCGUUCUUUGUCACCUCGUAUAUGCUGGUUAAGGGGCUUGGAUUCGCCGUCGGAUUCGCCUUCUUUGGGGAUCCGAUCGUGACGCCGCUGGCUGCCUUGGCCAACAGGACGUACCCGCGAUGGCAAAAGUAUGUCGAGCUGCGGCACUCGAUUCUCAGGGGCGUCCCGACCAACGCGCAGCUCGCCAUCACGCUGCUCCGUAUCGGGGAGAGGAACAAGGCCCCGGUGCCCCCACCGCCGACGAGCGACGCACCGCCAGCCAUCGAGCCGGACACGGAUGCCAUUGAGCAACUGGAUUCUCUGGGUGUUACGGAUCAAGAGAAGCGCGAGGCCAUCGAGCCGUCGGCUGAGGAGAUGUUGACAGAGGACGAGGGCGUCGACGAAUCGAAGAAGCCGCCCAAGAUGACGCGCCGCAUCAUCAACCUCGUCAAGGGCACGGCCAAGGGCGGCAUCGAGGCAGCCCUCACAGCCGACCGAGCCAAAGCCGCCGCCGGGGCCGGACGCGCACGCGAGCGCAUCGGCGUGGUCAAGCAGGCCACGCCGGCCGAGGCGACAGGCCCCGUGCGGUUCCGGGCGCGGUACAAGGGCAACAAGGGCUACGCGUACGUGACGGCGACGGCGACGGCGCCGGCGCUCAGCUGGACGUCCAACAUUGACGACGUCGACCCGGCAUGGAGCGUGGCCAUUGCCGACAUUGACGAGCUGCGGAAGGUGGGCGGGCUGGGCUGGAAGAGCAAGAUUAUGGUCGGGUGGGCGUUGGAGAAGAAGGUUGUGGACGGGCUGGUGGUGAGGACGAAGCAGGGGCGCGAGCAUCACCUGACGGCCGUUGUCGUCCGCAACGAGCUGUUUAACCGGCUCAUUGCCAUGGGCCGCCAGAUGUGGGAGGCGAGGUGA